UUUUUUUUUCUUUUUUUUUUUUCCUUAUUUUUUCUUCCCCUAUUUUUUUUUUCCAUUAUUUUAUUUUGCCAGCUCCAAUUUAGCCCAGGAUCUUUUAACUGCUGCCAGCGGUGGAGCACAGAUCGGGAUUAGGUAUUUUCCUCCCCUGUUCCCAAGAUCCUCCUCCUGAGCGGCCACCAUGGGAAGUAAAACCCUGCCGGCCCCAGUGCCUAUCCAUCCCUCCCUCCAGCUCACCAACUACUCCUUCCUGCAAGCAUUCAACGGGCUGCCCGCCGUGCCCUCCGACCACCUCUCCAACCUCUACGGCUUCAGCGCCCUGCACGCCGUGCACCUGCACCAGUGGACUCUGGGCUACCCGGCCAUGCACCUGCCCCGCUCCUCCUUCUCCAAAGUGCCCGGCGUCUCCAGCCUGGUGGACGCGCGGUUCCAGCUGCCCACCUUCCCGCUCUUCCCACACGUCAUCCAGCCCAAGCAAGAGGCUGCCAGCAUGACCCUCAAAGCCAAACCCCGCUUUGACUUUGCCAACUUAGCGGUGGCUGCCACACAGGAGGACCACUCUAAACUGGGACAGGCAGACAGUCAGGGCUCACCUGCGGGGCUGGGGUCUUUGCUCGAGGUGACUAAACUCUCUCCGGAAAAGAAACCCACGCGGGGAAGGUUACCGUCCAAAACCAAGAAGGAGUUUGUGUGUAAAUUCUGUGGCAGGCACUUCACCAAGUCCUACAACCUUUUGAUCCAUGAAAGAACCCACACCGACGAACGGCCCUACACAUGUGAUAUUUGUCACAAGGCUUUCAGAAGACAGGAUCACCUGAGGGAUCACAGAUAUAUCCAUUCUAAAGAAAAGCCUUUUAAGUGUCAAGAAUGCGGGAAAGGAUUUUGCCAGUCCAGAACACUAGCCGUCCACAAGACACUGCACACGCAAGUAAAGGAACUCAAACCCGCCAAACUUAAGUGCUGAAUCUCCAUCUUCUAUGAACUUUUCCUCCCCUUCAGACUUUACAGCAAAACUAGAGCAGAAACAAAUCUUUCAGGACGGGAGCACUGGAGUUUGUGCUUUGUUUUUGUUUCUACUUUAAAAGGGGCAACAUCUGCACCCCUUCAAUCCCCCAUCCAAGCAAUUAACUUCCUAAGUCGUGGGUGAAAAGAUUGUUUUGCAUUUAAAAUAUAUGUGAAUGAUACAGAGAGUGCUAGCUGACUUGUGUGGCUUUGAUAAACUUUAUGCCAAAAGGUGGUGCUCACGUGUUGGACAGGAAUCUCUUUAAAACCAAACAAAAACCCACAAGAUGCCCCUGACCAACCCCCCCACCCAAAAAACCCUAAAAAAACAAACCAAAA